GACACGGAAGUCGUGGCUAUAAACUACAUCUCGCAGUGUCCGCAGUGAGACUACAGGUGAGUUGCAGCGCAGGUAGGUCCGCGCGCAGCUCACAGACAGACUUUAUCUUAAUGUUUAUCUGUGAGUAAGUGAAAGCUCACUUCCUGACUCGCGCAGUGAGGUGUCCGUCGGUUUCUCGUGCUGCUGCUGAUGGCGCGCGGCCACUGAGCCACAUUUAACAAGUCAAAGUGUCAUGCCGGUCCCAGCCAUGGCAGACCUUGUGGUCGAUCACCAGAAAAGGUUUCAGGCUGCUGUGGAUGUUAUUCAUAACCUCCCCAAAAGUGGUUGCUACCAGCCGUCCUAUGAGGUGAUGCUGCGUUUCUACAGUCUGUACAAACAGGCGGUGUGUGGGCCCUGUACAGUGGCCCGACCCAGCUUCUGGGACCCCGUGGGUCGCUACAAAUGGGAUGCCUGGAGCCGCCUGGGAGAGAUGAGCAGUGAGAAUGCCAUGGCAGCAUAUGUGGACGAGAUGAAGAAAGUAGCACAGGAGGUCAUCGACACCAUGCCCAUGAAUGAGAAGACGGCCUCGCUCUUCCAUCACUUUGAGCCUCUUUACCUGGUGAUUGAUGACAUGCCACGGCCUCCAGAGUCACUGCUCACACUCAGAGAAGGACUUAAAGGUGGUGAGCAUGCUGACAGGCCAGCAGAGAUGAAGGAUGAGGAUAAGGAGCCAGGUGCACCUAAAGAAGACUCUUUUCCAGAUGGAGCAGAUCCAGAUCAGGAGUUCAAUCUGGCUGAGCUUACUGCCAACACCAUCCCGAAUGACUCAGGAGUGUCUGAGGGUUUGGUGUUGACCAGUGACUCAGAGAGCGAGAUCUUCUGUGACUCUGUGGACUCAGUAGAACAACUCAGCAACGUCAAGAUUCCAGUUGUCAAGUCCAAUGGUUUUCAUAACGGCCAUGUGUCUCUGGAGUCCUCUCCGGUUCAGAGCCAGCAGCUGGAAGGCCGUCUGGAGGUCAGACAGGUCGGAGCGGGUCAGGGUGGAGAAGGAGCAGAUGACGGAAAGGGUCAUGGUCCUAACAGAAGGAAUGGAGACACUGGGAGAGAAGGUUCCUACCACAACUGGAGAGAACGUGGUAUUCCUCAGGGCAGUCCAAGGCGGGAGGCCCCCGGCGGUGGCGGUGGUGGUGGUGGUGCCGGACGAGGAGGAGGCGAUGGGUCAGAAGUCGGGGUUGAGAGGCUGCAUGAUGCUCAGCUACAGCAGCAGAUCAUCCUGGCUUUACGGAGGCUCAGAGAGGACAUGAGGAGUGUGAUGGAGAGGCUGGAGGUGGUGGAGAGGCUCGCUGCCACACAUAACCAGAGUUCAGAGUGGAGACCAUGUCUGCAGUGUGCAGCCUCACAACAUGAGGAGAGGUGGUGGCCGUUUGACGUGUCCGGUCAGACCGUCGUCCUCUUCCUGCUGUGGCCGUUUGUCGCUCAGGGUUUGGUCUACCUGCUGAGGAAAGGCCAGAAGAGAAGUCGCAUAUCUUCAUGAAGGGAGCCGAUGAAGACAAUUUAACCCUUUCUCCUCCAGUGAACCACCGGUGCAAGUUUAAUUUUCUACAGCAGGAAGGACUGAAUCAAAUCUGAAUCGACGGGAAGGCUUCAUCCUUUAUGACAUGCACUGAAAGCAGGGAGAGAGAAGUUUGUGGAUUCGCUGCCUCACUUGGAGGGAACUGUGUCAGGAUCCAGAAACCCCCUCACUCACUACAACAAACAAAUCUUUAUUUAAAUUAUUCAAGUUUAUUAAACAGCUGGCUUUUGUCAGGCAGCAGAAAGCAGAUACUGAUCAUGGAUAAGUGUUUACUGAUUAUGAAGAGCCUGAAUAAAAAAACUUGGAUUAUAACUUGUUAAGUUAGUGUGACAUGAUGUAAAUUCAACAUAUUCUAUUUACCUUUGAGUUCAACUAUUUUGUGACAUACAGAAACGGCACAGUGCAGACAGAAUAUCAGAAGUCCAUCUACAGGUAGUUGUAAUAAUGUCACUGCCACUUUGAAAUCCACCAUCAGUCUGCAGCGUUGAGCAGCGGCUGUUCAUUGGUUACGCUUGUCAUUUCAUUGUAAUGGUUCAGAUGUGAUUUUCCUCUCAUUGUUUGUCAGCGUCUCUUUAGACUAAUGUUUAAGUCUCACAGUAUCCGUGGUGCUCCAGCUCUUCGACUGCUUGUGUGUACAUUAAUAACAUCUAGAAUAUAACUUCUGAUCACAGUGACAGGAGUUAUUUAUCUAAUUUUGUGGGUCCAGUAUCAAUAUAGAUGUAAUCAGAUUGUUUUGUUGCACCUGGAGUCAGUCUGUUGUGACUCCAGGUGGAAUGAGAUGAUAUAGUACACUGAAAUGACAACUGUCACUAAAUGAUGAAGAACUGGACUGGACUGAACUGAACACUUGUGUAUAAUACUGAAGCAUGAGCUCAAAUUAAAAAGUCUAUAUUGAAUAGAA